AUCAAUUUUCUAUCAUCACUACUCCAAUUUUGUUUACCUGCUUAGCGCUGUUUUUGGCGGAUAACUCAAACAGAUAUAGCAAGUGAAGAGUGCAGAGUGCAGUGAUUUGAAUCAGUACUAAGAAUCAGAGCAAACGCGAGAGGCGUACGAAUUUUUGCAGUAAAAUGGCAUCCGGCGGCUUGGCAUGUGUCAAAUAUUUGACAUUCUUUUGCAAUCUACUAUUUGCGCUCACGGGUCUACUCAUCUUUCUGGUUGGUGGCAUGGUCCAAUUGAAUUAUGCCCACUAUUCGAAUUUUGUGGGGGAUCAUAUAUGGACAGCGCCCAUAAUACUGAUGAUUGUGGGCGCCGCUGUGGCCGUCAUUUGCUUCCUGGGCUGUUGCGGUGCCUUGAAGGAGAGCAGCUGCAUGAUCCUCAGCUUUGCCAUACUCGCCGUGGUCAUUUUUCUGUUCGAAAUAGGUCUGGGCGUGGCCGGGUACGUGAAGCAUUCGGAUCUGCAGCCACUAAUGGAGGGACAAUUCAAUGCGACCAUGCGGCACUACAAGGAGCGUGAGGAUUAUCGCGAUGCCUGGACCCUGUUGCAAACUGAAUUGGAUUGCUGCGGCACCUAUGGACCCAACGAUUGGGAGGUUAUUUAUGCCAACAAGACCCUGCCGCCGGCAUGCUGCUCUGUCAUCAAUUUGAGCGAGGCCAAGGAGUGCACUGUGGUGCAUGCCACACAGAGUGGCUGCUUGCACAAGCUCUUGGGAAUCUUGGACUCAAAGACAUUGCUCUUGGCCUCUGUGGUGCUGGCUGUGGCGGGUAUACAGCUUUUGACCAUACUAUUUGCCUGUUGCCUGUAUCGUUCGUUUCGCCGGAGCUACGAUCACGUUUAGAUUGCGCAGCGAUGAUCCCGUCUAUCGGCUUUGAAGCGGGUGGAAACGAAAGGAAUGAGCGAAGGAACAAUUUUCGUAGUUUGUAGUUUGUCAUAUGUAUGCAGAAAGAUUUCUCGUUGCCGUCUCUGAAUCACAACAAUCACAAAAACACACACAAACAAUCACAAACACAAUCACCGACCACUCAUAUGAGCCCACUGAAGGCAUACUGGGCAUCUAAACAUUCGUAUUUAUUUUCCCCAUCAAUUUAAAGACAUUUUUCUUGCCAGUUUUUCCAAGCAUUCCUCUUUGUUAAACAUUUUUAAAUGAGCAUUUGUACAUUUUUGAUUGUUACCGCAUUUCUUGGCCCAUGUUUUGCCACAAAAUUAAGCUUAAGUUUCGCCAGAGCAAAACAUUUGCUCCCACAUAUGAAAAUUAAAAUAUUUCUGUUGAAAGAAAAAAGACCCAAAAUAUAAUUUAACUUCCACCAAAACCCAAAUUGCCAGCCACCACACCACAUCACAUAUUCUUAUAUACAUAUCGUAUUUUACAUACAUACCAAAUAUCCAUUUAAAUAUUCUCAUACAUUUCGAACAGAAAGUGUCCUUGCAACGAUUUUAUAUAUACAAUUUUAUGUAAGAUUUUUUGUGCAUUUAGAGACUACUUAUGCAUUAUGUAUACCUUAUUUAUAUGUAUGUACUUUUAUGUAUAUGCAGGGGAUGUAAUGUGGCUUAUUCCCAACUACCCUCGCCCAUUAGUAAACCCCCACCCACCAGUUGAACCUUAUUUUUAAACAAAUUUAUGUGUACUCGUUCGUCUGUAGAAACUAUUAUUAUUACGAUUAAACUUAUAUUAUACCCACUAUAUUCCACCAACACACAACAACACAGAUCACAAACACACACAUAAAUAUAUAUAAAACAUAUAUUAUUAAAUAUAUAAUAUACUCAUACAUAAAUACAUAUGUAAGUGCAUGGAAAAAAUGCUUUCUAAAUCGAAUUUACAUUUGAGAUCAAACGAAUAAUUGCAUUGCAUACCACAGAUCUGGCAUCUAGCAUCUUUCAUCAUGCAUCUCUCCCGAGGCUUUAAUUAAUGGACGAUCAAAGAACAUUGAAAAUAUGUUAGAAAUAAUUGAAAAUCACACAAGCGGCAUAUUUGCAAUACGCAAUACAUAAUUAAUUGUCUACAAUUGUCUGAAUAACUAGCAAACAUUAUAUGCAUUUUUAAUAUGUAUUUGUAUUUGUAUUCUUGUAUU